AUGGCCCGUCGUUACUGCAAAGUAAAUCCACAAGCAACCGUGUGGUUCUUGGUGACGGCUCAGUCCUUAGAACCCUCGACGCUGGCAGCCUUGGAGGCACUUCAGGUCGCCUACCAGAACUUGUGCGUGGCUCAUGUGAACUUCACCUCGCUUUUUAAGGACACUCCGCUGCUAGAACUUUACCACUCCGAAAAGUUCAAUAACACUUCGCACAAAAUCCACAACCUGAGCGACAUGAGCCGCGUGGCGCUGGUGUACAAGUUCGGAGGUCUGUACUCGGACAUGGACGUCAUCGCCCUGCGCCCUCUGGUGGGCGCCACCAACUUCAUCGCGCUGGAGAGCUCCUCAAGCAAACUUAUAAACCCAAAUGAGGCACCUAUAGCACAUAAGUGCACCACCCGCAGUCUGCCGCAGAGUCCCUGA